CUCCCUAGUCCAGUAGUCCGUGUUCCGUAAUUAUCCUGUCUACAUAUUCCAUUUCCCGGGCUCGCCUGCAUUAUCCUGUCUGUCUCUCCCGAUUGUGAAAAUGUCAGGCUAUCCCAACCGAGCCUACGGUAGUUACAACGGCCCUCCCGCGGCCCAGACGUACUCAUCAGCUCCACCACCGUCCCAACCGUACCCACAAGCCGCACCACCUUCGCAGCCGUACACAUCAGAUCCGUACAGCGCCGCGACGCCCUCUGCAGCAUCUCCCUACUGGGCCCCACCACCAGGUCAAUCCCCUUACGGAGCCACCUCAUACUCGGCUCCAUCGGCCCCGUACGCGUCCGAUCCCAGCAAACCCCAGAAAGAAAAUAAACCUCAACACUCCGCCCCUUACGGCGGCGGUUACCCUACUCCACCACCUUCUGCACCAUACGGCAGUAGCCCCUUUUCGAAUCUCCUUCCUUCCACUUUUCCACCUGGCACCGAUCCCAACGUCGUUGCUUGUUUUCAGAUUGCCGACCAGGAUGGAAGUGGACUCAUCGACGAUAAGGAGUUGCAGAGGGCACUCUCCUCCUAUAAUCAGAGCUUUAGCUUGAGAACGGUGCACCUUCUCAUGUAUCUCUUCACUAACUCAAACGCCCCCAAAAUCGGUCCAAAAGAAUUUACUGCACUUUUCUACAGUCUGCAAACCUGGAGGGGAAUUUUUGAGACAUUUGACAGGGACCGAAGUGGCAAGAUUGAUGCUAGGGAGUUAAAGGAUGCCCUCUUUAGCCUGGGAUUUGCAGUAUCACCUGCAGUUGUGGACCUGCUGGUAACCAAAUUUGAUAAAUCAGGGGGAAAGAACAAGUCCAUUGAAUAUGAUAACUUCAUUGAGUGCUGUCUUACUGUGAAGGGGCUGUCUGAAAAAUUCAAGGAAAAGGACAGUGGGUACACCGGUUCAGCAACUUUCACCUAUGAGUCUUUCAUGUUGACAGUCCUGCCCUUCUUCAUUGCAUAAAGAGUUGCAGAAGAUCAAGUUUCCAAUAAAUGGUCGGUAUUUAUGCAAUCCUUCCUUAGUUGUGUUAUAGUUGGUAAUGUGUAUGUAACGUCGAAUGUUCUUCUAUCUACAUUUCAUAAUUGAACAAUGUGCUACAUGUAUAUUGUUUGUGUAACACCUUCGCAUAGAUAAUUUGUUUUUUUGUUCAUACGGUCAUUUUUCUUUAGAAUCAAUUUAAAUAUGGAGUUAUUGUUUGGUAAAAA